AGUGACGACACUGACUGACGGCGGCGGGGACAUGGAGUAAACACGCUGCCUGCCAUUGCUGCCGCCCACUGACAUACAUGUCGGGGGCAGCGGAGAGCGCGUAUCCAGAGGGGCAGGAUAACAGGGAUAUACUAUCAACUAUCAACUGACAUCUACUCUCACAGUUAUAUGGACUACACCUCCAGAAAAGCCAUUUCAGUUAUUUGCCAUUCGACUUCUUGACAAUGUGGAUGAAGUAUGAGAAAUGAAAGUCCUUUUGCUUAAAGAUCCUAAGGAAGGAGAAUUGGGACCUGAUCCAUAUGUUCAUGAAUUUGCUUCACAUGGCCUUCAAGCAACUUUAAUUCCUGUUUUAUCCUUUGAGUUUAUAUCACUUCAAGACUUAUCAAAAAAGCUUGCACACCCUGAAGCUUAUGGUGGCCUGAUAUUUACCAGUCCCAGAGCUGUAGAUGCUGUGAAGUUAUGUCUGUGUGAGAAGGGGGGUAUUAGAGAAGCGUGGUACAAUCAUUCUUUAAGAAAACAAUGGAAUGAAAAACCUAUCUAUGUUGUGGGAAAAUCUACAGCAAAUUUGGUAAAGGAAAUUGGCCUUGCACCACUAGGAGAAGAAUCUGGAAAUGCUGAAAAUUUAGCUGCCUACAUCUGUAUAAACAAUUCUUCAAUUUCCCUGCCUCUUCUAUUUCCAUGUGGUACACUUAAAAGAGAGACACUCCCCAGAUGUCUGCAUGAAAAGAAUGUGCCUUUGGACAGUUUCACAAUCUAUCAAACAUCUCCACAUCCUUCCUUCCAGCAGGCUUUAAGUGAUUAUUUUUCAGAGCAGGGAAUCCCAGCAAGUAUUACAUUUUUCAGUCCUUCUGGUGUCAGAUUUUGUUUGAAGACCAUUAAAGAUUUGGCUGGAGAUUCCAUUAAUCAAAUCAAGUUUGCAGCAAUAGGACCAACAACAGCUGAAGCCAUGGCAUCAGAGGGAUUGACCGUGAACUGUAGUGCUGAAAAUCCGACACCACAGGACCUGGUAGCUUGUAUAAGAAAAGUGCUCUAGCAAUGCACAGAAUACAGAGCAGCAGAUAGUUGAUUAUCUCUCAAGGAUAAAUAUGUGCCUAAUUGUCAUCUAUCCUCACUUUGAUAUUUGAGUUGCCUUGUUGUUUCAUUGUAAAAUUACUUUAAAUGGGGAAUGUUCACAAUGUUUGUAAAACCGUGGAAAUAAAUUUGUGGUGUUGUCUCUUUGCAGAACUCUCUAAAUCUUUUACAGUCCUAACAGGAAUAAAUAAGUGUUAGAACAAUAUUAAUGUGUAAACAGGCACCAUUCUUUGAUGCUGAAGAGAUUCUACAUGAAUUAUCAACCAGCAAGUGAUUUUAGCCAGUCUUUCUUCAGCCUUGUAAAAACCAGCAGCUCACCAUGAACUUUCCUGUGUGUUUCUUGAGGUUGCUACAUUUUCACAUUAACUGUGCACUAGAGACACAUUGCUGUUGGAUUUUCUGUUUUUAAUAAAAUUUUAAUUUUGGGAAAUGCAA